UUUUGAGUGCAGCAUUAUUAGCUAGCUAGGUAUGGCUGAUUUCCAAAUCUACUUUCCUAUCUUUAUGUUAUGGCUGAUAUCCACCUUUUUGAUCCGUUUCUUGUUUAAAAGUAGUAAAAAUAACAAUAAGUCUAAAGGAGUUGAAUCUCCACUCCCACCAAGCCCCUUUUCUCUUCCCUUUAUUGGCCAUCUCCACCUUAUUGGUUCAAUCCCUCACCAAACUUUUCACAAGCUUUCCCUCCGAUAUGGGCCAGUUUUCCGCCUCUUACUAGGUUCCGAGUCUUGUAUCGUUGUCGGAUCACCAGAAACGGCAAAAGAAUUCCUUAAAACGAAUGAAAAUUCCUUUUUAGACCGGCCACGUAACACAGCCAUAACUUACCUAACUUAUGGGCUUCAAGACUUUAUGUUUGCCCCUUACGGGCCGCAUUGGAAGUUCAUGAAGAAGAUAAUCAUGUCAGAGCUCUUAAACGUAUCAAAAGUCGGCUUGCAACGUCGAGCAAGGCAAAAUGAAAUUCAUCUGUUUAUGAAAAAUAUUUCUCAAAAUGCCAAACAAGGGAAGGCCAUGGAGUUGGAUAUCGAGUUGACAAAAGUUGUUUACAAUGUGAUAGCAGAAACUAUUAUGAGCAAAAGAUGCCGGGAGGAGGCUGAGGCGAGGGAAAUGAGGAACUUGUUUGGCGAUAUAACUGAGAUAGAAGGUAACUUCAACAUCUCGGACCACAUCAAUUUCUUUAAAAAUGUUGACUUGCAAGGGUUCGGGAAAAGAUUAAAGGAUAUUCGUAGAAGAUAUGAUAUAUUCGUUGAGAAGAUCCUAAAAGAGCAUGAAGAGGCUAGAAAGCUGGACAUAGAAUUAGAAGGGAAGGACAAGGACUUGCUCCACAUAUUACUCGAUAUCGCAGAUGAUAAAAGCCAGGAGAUACAGUUGACACGAGAACACAUUAAAGCCUUCAUUUAUGAUAUAAUUGUAGCAGGAUCAGACACUACAUCACUUUCCACAGAAUGGGCACUUUCAGAAGUUAUCAAUCAUCCAAACGUAAUGAAAAAAGCUAGAGAAGAAAUAGAUAGAGUUGUUGGCAAAAACAGACUUCUACAAGAAUCAGACAUACCAAACCUUCCUUAUCUCCGGGCAAUUGCUAAGGAAUCUUUACGCCUUCAUCCAGGAGGGCCGUUGAUUCCAAGACGGUCUACAGAAGAUUGCAUGGUGACAGGUUACCAUAUUCCCGCAAAUUCUACUGUAUUUGUCAAUGUUUGGGCACUCGGUCGAGACCCAGACUAUUGGGAAAAUCCUCUUGAGUUCAUACCUGAGAGAUUCAUUGACAACGAGGUGGACAUGAAAGGACAACAUUAUAACCUAUUGAUAUUCGGGACUGGGAAAAGGAUGUGCCCGGGGAUGUCGUUUGCAUUGCAGAUGCUACCUGCAACGCUCGGUCCCAUGAUUCAAUGUUUUGAGUGGAAGGCCGGGAAAGAUGGGAAUCUUACAAGAGUUGAUAUGGAAGAGGCUCCUGGAAUCACUCUUCCUAGAGCAAACCCUUUAGUUUGUGUUCCUGUGCCUCGACUUGAUCCUUUACCCUUUUAACUAGCUCGUACGUCUUCAAAUUUCCCUGGACACAUAUAUGGGAGAUCGACUACGUACUUUUAAAUAUAUAGUCAAUUCAUACAUCAUACGCUUAUUAAUUAACACUAGUAUACAUGAAUAAAUAAAGAGUUUCGAAGAUAUGUUUAUGUACGAGAGAAGUCUGCACCAUCAUAAAUAUACUGUACGUGUUUAAUGUUUAUGAAUUAUGAAUAUGAAUCUCAUUCAUUUUGUAUGACA